GUCAGGUUUCCGAGCACAAGGUAGUUAACCAACGGGCCUUGGAGAGAGGCCUCAGGGAGAAAUGGGGAGAACGGCUCCUCUCUUUCCUCCUACCGGUGGCCAACAAGAUCCCGCGCAUGGCUGCACUGAUGCCCCCUGGUACCACGGCAGUUUCGCUGGAGCUCAAAGGGGAAUUCAUGGAUCUUUUAGGCGAUGCGAGGUUCCGCACACUUAGGAUGCGUUGCCUCUCCUACGAGGAACUUCGGCGCCUUGGCUUCACGGCAAUACCCUGGAAGGAAUCGGAUGUGCGUGCCCUUCUCAACACACUCAGGGAUCGUGAGGUCUCACCUCACAAGCUCCAGCAGGUUUGGGACACUCUCAAGUGGCUCACAGAGAAGAAGAAGUCCCUCUCUGAGACUCUCGUCAGCACGGUGCACCGCCCGAUGAGAAAGGCCCUGGUCCCCGCUAAGGCCUUCGUGAUCCAGUUGGAGGAAACGGCCGCCAGAGCUCCCACGGGAGCCGACUCCAGGAUCCAUCUGAUGGACUCAUUCAUCUGCGGCAUUGUCAGGUUCCAGAUCGGGAUCAGUGCCCGUUUCAGUGACCUUCAGCACACCAGCCUCGAUACCCUCAGGAUCACCUCCACCACGGUGGAGCUGGCGGCUUGGCAGACCAAGACCCACUCGGCGGUGACAGUCAAGAAGAAGCCGGUCCCCCUCAUUUGCCCCAAGUACUGUUUCUCGGGCAAGGACUGGUGGACUCCCUUGAUCGCUACCUGGCGUAAGCUUGCAGCCACCCCCAUGUUUGACGGGAUGGACUACCUCAUUCCCACGGUCCCUCGUGACCAACGUCAAUAUCUGGGUAACUGGAUGGCGGAGAGCACGGCAGAUGUCUACACCAGAGAGAAGCGAAACGUGGUCUGCGCCAUCUGGGACAAGGUCACUUCCAACUUGGACGCCAUUGACACGGAUGGUUCCCGGACGAUGAAGAUCGAUCUUUUCCAGGAAGACGCACCGGACUCGCAUCAUGGCGGGGCUCCCCAGGAGGCCCUCCUUGCUUCGGCCUCGGAACGGCUCCCGGUAUCAGGGGCCUUUGGCCCUGAGGCGGACAGCCCAGCGUCUAGCUGGCUUGUCACACCGCUCCCUGCCGACGAGGACUUCCUGGCGGUGGGCUGUGGAUGGAGCCCCUCUACGGAAAAGGUGUUUCCUCCACUUCUCCCUGCAGGCAGAAUUCCGGACAGCCUCACUGACGACUCCGUGGACACGGCGGCAUCGGAAGCGGAAAAGGUCACCUAUCAGGACCUUGACAAAGCUCUCGCAUCUAAGGACCCGCCGUGA